AUGGCGCAAGACCUACCAUCACUUUGCCUUUCUAGAAUCCUUGCAUUUCACUCUGAUGAUUUAUCAACGUUAUAUAGUUGUACGCUUGUAAAUCGAGAUUGGUGUCGAUUUGCGGUUCCACUUCUUUGGAAACGACCAUUCAGCUUUCUGCAUCAAUACACACCAGAAAUAUUGUCCAUACGUCUCAUAGAUGUUUAUUGUGCAGGAUUUUCAAGUAAUGAACGUAUUUACAUAAAUAACUUGUUGGGAUAUCUCGAGGACAAGAUACCAAGCAAUUCAAUAUUCAAUUACGUUACAUUCUUAAGAGAAUUGGAUGUGUUGCAAGCAAGUUUUUGUAUAACGAGAUGGGCAUGCUCCACGCAUGUUGAUUUCAUGAUACAAACAUUACCAUUUAUAAAUAUAUUUUUACAACAUUUCGUUAAAAAUUCCCCAAAGAUAACACAUUUAAUUUUCACAAUAAAUAAUAUUUACGGGUCCAUUUCUUGGUAUGAUAUUAAUUUAAAUUUAUUGAUUGGUAAGAAUGCCAAGGGUUGUUUUGAACAAUUGAAGGUGUUGGAUUGUACCGGUGAUUUUAAUCCAAAACUUUUGUCUAUCUGUUCAAUGAUUUCCAAACGAAUUGAAAAGAUUCGUAUCUCCCUUUAUAAGCACCUUAAACAACCUUCAAUCGAGAUGACCAAUUUACAGAAUUUAUGCUCUUUAAUUCAAACACAACAAAAUCUGAAACAUUUGAUCAUCGAGAACGUCAAAAGUGGCGGUUUGGGUGAACAGGGUGUGUUGGGUAUAUUGGAGUUGACGGAUGAAAUUCAUCAUUCCCUUGAAAAAUUAAUCUUUAGAUACGUGGAAUUUUAUAAUAAUGAUAUCAUAUUAUCCAUUAGGAACCUUCAAAAAUUGGGCACAUUAAAAUUUGAAAAUUGUAAUUUAUCCAAUCAUCCCCUGAAAUUUAGUGAAUGGAUUAGGGACAAGGUUGCCUUCGUCGGUGGUGUCGGUGGUGUUGAUAUUGAAGGUGACAUGAGGGGACUCUCUAACUUGACCAAUUUGAGUGUAUACGGGUCAAAGGUUCCAAUCUCUUUAUUAACUUUCAUGACCUUGCAAGCAAAUGAUGGAUUGACCGUCCUAGAUGUGAGGGCGAAAGAGAUUAAAGCUCAUGAAGUGAAUGAUUUGCUACAAGUAAUUUCUCAAAAUUGUAAACAUUUGGUAGAAUUCUCGACUCACAUGAUACCAAAUCAUGAUCUAUUACCAUUGCUCUUACCGAUUUUAACUUCAAAUCCAAGAUUAGAAAAAUUAGUCAUAGACACCGGAACAGGUGUCAACACCUCUGAGAAUGUUGACGCUUUCCUUCCAAGAUUUGGUAAACAUUUACCACCUUCCCUACGCGCGUUGGAAAUCCUUAUGGUAUGGUCAUUUCAUCAUGAAUCUCUUGAUAAAUUCUUUCAGGAAUCUCGUGCGAACCUUGAAACACUUAAAUUAAAGUUUUGCGACUGCAUUGAGGAUGAUCAUGUUGAUGUUAUAUUGAAACAUUCGAAAAAUCAUUUGAAGUUGUUAAAUAUCAAAGGGACCACAAACAUUACCUAUGAAACUUGGAACAAAUUACAACAAGACAAACAACUUCAUGUCGAAUUUCACUCUGACAUGGAAGAAUAA